CAUGGCUGAUAAAGAAGAAUUAAGCAUCAGACUGAAGAAGCUGCUGGUGAGAUUGAAUCUUCAGGAGGGAAAGCAGUUGGGCACUUUGGUUCAGAUCAUUCAAGAUCUUCUGUUCCUGUCCUAUACAGAUGACUGUGUUGAGCUGUUUGCAGAUAAAAAUGUCCACGUGCCCCUGAUGCUGGUGCUGUCCUCACAUUUCAACAGCAAAGUUCAGGAGGUGGGCUGGUCUCUGAUGUGUCGUCUGAUGGAGAUCUGCCCCUCCACACGGGACAGCCUGACCAACCCAGAGGACUAUCAGUUUUUAGCAGUGAACCAGCAGAUUCUGAAGGUGCUCUCCAUGUAUCAAAAGGACUCCAAGAUGAUGAUGGUGGGCCUAAGAGCUCUGGCUCUGUUACUGAAGUCAGAUGAGAUUCUGAUGCAGGUUCUGGAUGAGGAGGAAGUGGAUGUGUUUCUUCUGGUUCUGGAGGCGAUGAGGUCAUUCAGUGACAGUGUGGAGGUUCAACUGCAGGGAUGUGCUUCUCUACAACUACUGCUGCAGAGAGUUUCAGAAGAUCAUUUGGUGGAGUUCAUUGAGAAGAAAGAUCAUGAGGUGGUUGUCAAUGCUCUCAGAAUCUUCAUGGAGAGUGAGAAUGUAGUUCUGCAGGCUCUGAAAGUCCUCCUACCACUGGCUGAUCCAGCCAGCAAUGUAGAGAUGCUGAUGUCCAAAACAGUGAAAUGCUACAGUCUGACCUGCCGGGCCAUGGUCACGUGGCUCGACUCGGAGGCAAUACAGGAGGCUGGGUGCUGUUUGUUGCUGAAAUUGACAUCAGAAAGUUACUACAAUAUUCUCGUGCUUAAUGAGGUUCAUAAAGUGGCAAUGAAAGCAUGUGUCUCUUAUCCUGAGAAUGCAACAGUGCAGGUCACUGCUCUUUCCUGUCUGAGUGCACUAGCUGAGUGUAUAGUACAGAAUGAAGGACUCGACAGAGAGUGGGAUGAGGAGGUUGAACACAAACAGAAAUUGCUGGUAAAGAAUGAGGCCGCCCAAGCUGAGGAGACACUGAUAUGGGUAGAGGCAUGUUAUACAGCUUUACAGAAGCAUGCAGAAGACAUCACAGUGCAGGAAGCUGCAUGUUGGGCUUUAAACAGUUUGCUGCUGCAUGGCAGAACAUCCAUCCAUGUGGAACUGGAAGGAAGGCCUCCUCUUCAUACACUCAUCAUGGCUGCAAUGCUCUUACAUUCAUCAUGUGUGGGGGUGGUCCAUGCUGCUUCCUGCACUCUAGGCACGCUAAUACAAUGCCACAGUAGGAUAAGAGCUUUGCUGCUGUCUCACGGAAUCCAUUUCAACAUCAUGGAUCUGAUGAAGAAACAUGCGAGCUCCAGCGAUGUGUGCAAAAGUGCCUGCAAACUGCUUCACAUACUCUUCCAGGGAGCGAGGGCUAGUCUAGAUGAAGGAGCUCUGGUUAUUGGUCAGAUUCUGAUCACUCUAAAAACUCAUAACUUCCUUCCUGAAGUUCAGCUGGAGGGACUCCGAGCCAGUUUAGUGCUUCUCAACCCAGACAGGAGUUUAAGGGAACAUGGCAACUCAGUGGCUGAUGCUGAAAUAAUGGACGUGUCCCUGCGGGUGCUGAAGAACCAGUGUGUACUAGAGGGAGCGCACACUGUAUAUCUUGAGGCUCUUAAUAGAUUUAUCAGUAGUGCAGAGAUUCAGGAGUGUGGGCUUGGCGUUCUCUCUGCACUAGCAGGCAGUUCUGGAGCUGUUGACCUCAUGUGCCAGCAGGGGGCGAUAGACACAGUACUGCACACAAUGCAGAUGUUUCCAGAGCAACGGGAUAUUCACUACUGGGCUCUUAGUCUUCUGUUUCACCUCAUCUCCAAGAAGAAGCUUUCUCGUAUGAUGGUGCCUCUACUGGUCUCAGUGCUGGUCAGCUCUGUACGGCAACACAAAGAAGACUCAGUCAUGCUCCUCAAGGGUUUUCAGGUGCUUUGGAAGCUGUUGGACAAGUGCUCCAGUACCGCAGCAGAGCUCCAGAGAGAGGGAUUUGAGAAGGAGAUCUUCCAGAUCCUGAAGGAGAGCAAUCCAGAUCAGCACAAAGAUCCAUUGCAGAGAAUCAGCUGCCUGUGCUUGUGUAAGAUGACAGCUGACAGUGACAUCACGUACAGUCUGUUGGAGAGAGCGUGUGAAGAUGGAGAUGUGGUCAUGACAGAGUGUCUGAUACAACUGGGCGCUGACAUCAACAAAAAAACAAAGACCGAUUCACUCAUAUACCAGGUUUGUGAUCAUGGGGCUCCUCUGGCUUUGGUGGAGCUGCUGGUUUCUGCAGGGGUUCAUGAACAACAGUUGCGUGGAGCUCUGGCUGUGUGUGUCAGGAGAGGGGAUGACCCUGCUGUCAUCCUCUUACUCGCUCAUCUAGGGCUGGAUUACACCAACAGUGCCCUCUGCCUUGGGGGUUUCUGUCUCGGGCGAAUGAAAGCAAGCUGGCUCAGUGCACUGCUCUCCGAGCGCAAAAACCUCAAGCCAACUAGCAACAACAACAGUAAAGGUCAGUGUUUCGCAAGACAGAUCAUGGCGCUCCAGAGGAAGAAGGGGUUUUUGGGAGUCCCUAGAUAUGCAAGUGAUGUCAGCACAUCAGGAUAUUUGACCGAUGAGGAGAGUGACGACUCGCACAUCUCCUUAGAUGACAGCCUGGUCUUUAUGCUUGAUGAUAUGGAGAGUGACGGGAGUGAUGGAUCUCCAUGUGGAUUAAUGCUUUACAGCGAUUCACCAGAACUGAGCAAGAAACCUGCUUUGAGACAACACAGUCGGCGCAGAUGGGCCAAUUCAGAGAGAUGCUACGUUGAGACUGAUCCACAUAAGAGGUUUAACUGGAACUCUCACAACUCCAGAGGGCAGGGAUUUGAAAACUCCUCCCCGAGUCCUGUUGCUUUGGGUAUGGACAAAGAGCCCAUCCGUCUGCUGGAUCUGUCAGGGAAUGAGUUGGAUAGUCUAUCCUGUUUGAUGGACGAGAGUUCUGUUAAACAACACAUUGAGAAUCUUCUGCAGCUCGAUCUGAGCAGCAACUGCCUGUCAGAGUUUCCCAGUGCUCUCUGUCAGAGCCUACGAAGUCUGACUCAACUUGAUCUCCAAGGUAACCAGCUGCAGUCACUUCCUGCGGAGCUCCUGGGUUUGCCUGCACUGAGCGCGCUCAAUGUAUCCCGCAACAGCAUUGGUCCACUUCUUCUGCUGGACCCGUCAGUGCGCAGCCCUACCUUACGCCAGCUCAACCUGUCCUUCAACCAGAUCACUGUGUUCCCCUUUCAGUUGGGUCAGGUCAUGGACAAACUGGAGGAGGUUUCGCUGGAGGGGAAUCAAAUAUCAGAACUGUCUCUGCCACUCUGUCUGGCUGAAUUGAAAGUUUUAGACGUCAGUAAGAAUCAAGUUACAACGGUUUCAGAAAACUUCCUCACCGAUUGUGUCAAGAUGGAAACUUUGAAUGCCUCAUUUAACAAAAUCAGUUCACUGUGGCACCUUCCUUCAAAAAUAACCACCAUUAAAUUAUCACAGAACAGUUUUACAAGCGUUCCUGAAGUAAUUGUCAACUUGCCACAUGUGCGUUCAGUGGACAUGAGGAAUAACAGCAUCAGUGUUUUGCCGGGUCCAGAGGUCUGGCUCAGUGUGAACCUUAGAGAGCUGAUGUUCAGUCACAAUCACAUCUCUGUGCUGGACCUCAGCGGACCCGUCUACAAGUGGGCUCGACUCGAGAAACUCCAUCUGAGUGCCAACAAACUCUCUGAGAUUCCUCCUCAGAUUGGUUUUCUGGAGGACCUGACAUCUCUAGAUGUGAGUCAGAAUGCAGCCCUGCGCUCUUUUCCUGAUGAGAUGGGGAAGCUGCUGCGCUUGUGGGAUCUUCCUCUGGAUGGCCUACAACUGCACCUCGACCUCAAACACAUCGGUAGCAAAACCAAAGACAUCAUCAGGUUCUUGCAGCAGCGUUUGAGGAAGGCCGUGCCGUAUUACCGAAUAAAGCUCAUCGUGGUGGGAAGCCCGUACAGUGGGAAAAGCUCUCUGAUACAGCGGCUGAUGAGACUGAAACGCUCACAGAGAAGAUGUGAUCAGCACACUGUCGGCAUCAGCGUCAGGGAUUGGAAAAUCAGAAACAAAGACAAGAGGAGCAUGCUGCUCAAUGUGUGGGAGUUCUCAGGUGGUGAGGAGUGCAACGGUCUUCACCCUCAUUUCAUGAGCACCAGAGCUCUGUAUCUGGUAUUGUAUGAUCUGAGUAAAGGACCCAGUGCACUAGACUCCAUCAAACCCUGGCUAUUCAACAUUAAAGCUAUAGCAGGCCAGUCUCCUGUGAUUGUGGUUGGCACUCAUGCAGAUGUCUGUGAAGAGCGCCACCUGCAGGAGGAGCGUGAGGAGCUGCUUUCUCAAACAGGCUUUCCAGUGAUCAGGGAGAAUCACAUACUGUGUGCCUGUGAGGAGUCAGAGUCAAUCAGCAGGUUACGCAAAGCCAUCUGCAGAGAGCUCACUGGAUUCAAGAUCCAGGGUGAGCCGGUGAUGGGUCAGCUGAUUCCAGACUGUUAUGUGGAGUUGGAGAAGAGAAUCCUGCAGGAGAGAUCUCGUGUUCCUGAUGAAUUUCCCGUGCUGACACACAGCAGACUGAUGCAACUGAUAAAGGAAACACACCUACCGCUGGAGGAGGGAGAGUUACCUCAUGCUGUACACUUCCUCAGCGAGGCCGGUGUCCUGCUGCAUUUUGACGAUCCAGUGUUGCAGUUAAAGGAUUUGUACUUCAUUGACCCACAGUGGUUUUGUAACAUUAUCUCACAGACAUUGACCCUGAGUGGUUCAGGUCAGUGGGACAGUGCUAGAGGAGUGGUACAGUGCUCCACUAUAGAUAAGUUUCUGGUUAAAAGCCGCUGUUUCCCUCAAGAUCACAUGACUCAAUACUUCAAACUGCUGGAGAAGUUUCAGAUCGCAUUGCCCUUUGGAGAGGACCAGUUACUCGUGCCCAGCAGUCUGUCAGAUCACAGGCCGGUGAUCGAGCUCCCUCACUGUGAAAACUCAGAGGUGAUCACUCGUCUGUAUGAGAUGCCGUACUUCCCCAUGGGCUUCUGGUCCAGACAGAUCAGUCAUCUGCUGGAGGUGUCAUCAUUCAUGCUCUAUGGCAGAGAGAAAGCAUCGAGACCAAACCGGAUCUACUGGAGGAAAGGCAUUUAUCUGAGUUGGUCUUCUGAAGCUUACUGUCUGGUGGAGGCCUCGUCUCUGGAGGAGAACCCUGCCAGCUUCAUCAAGAUCACCGUCCCCAGCUCCCGCAAAGGUCAUGUGUUGUUGGGGCAGGUGGUGGAUCACAUAGAUUCUCUUCUGGAGGAAUGGUUUCCAGGCCUUCUCACUACUGAUGUCCACGGCUCUGGAGAAACUCUGCUGAAGAAAUGGGCUCUGUACAGCUUUAGUGAUGGAAGACACUGCCAGAAGAUGCUGCUGGAAGAUCUGCUGUCCAACAUCAAUGCAGAUGGUUUGCUGGUCAAUCCAGAAGACCCCAGCUGUACUCUGCCUAUCUCUCAGAUCUGUCCAGACCUGGUGCUGCGUGACCAGCCCUCUAGCACCAUACUGGAUCCUGAGGAGCUGGAGAUGGAGCUCUCCAAAGAGUAUCUGCUGGGUGGUGGAGGAUUUGGGUCUGUAUAUAAAGCUGUGUACAAGAAUGAGGAAGUUGCUGUGAAGAUUUUCAACAAACAUGCAUCUGCGCUUUAUGUUCACAGACUGGUACGACAGGAACUGGCAGUGCUCGGUAGACUACGUCACCCCAGCCUGGUGGGCUUGUUGGCCACUGGCUGUAACCCGCACAUUCUGGUGAUGGAACUGGCUCCAUGCGGCUCUCUGGACUCACUGUUUGAGUGUGAGAACGGCAGUCUCAGCCGUAAACUACAGCACAGGAUAGCUCUGCAUGUGGCAGAUGGUCUCAGAUAUUUGCACUCCUCUAUGAUUGUCUAUCGGGAUCUGAAGCCACACAACGUUCUGUUGUUUAACCUGAAAACAGACUCUGAGGUCAUCGCUAAGAUCACAGACUAUGGCAUAGCACAAUACUGCUGCAGUAUGGGUGUCCGCAGCUCAGAAGGAACACCAGGGUUUAGAGCGCCUGAGGUUGCUCGAGGAAAUGUCAUCUAUAACGUCCAGGCUGAUAUGUAUUCAUUUGGUCUGCUGCUGUAUGACCUUUUGACUUAUGGUGAGAGGAUAUCUGAUGGGAUGAAGUUUCCCAGUGAAUUUGAUGAGGUGGCUGUACAGGGGAAACUGCCAGAUCCAGUGAAUGAAUAUGGCUGUUCUCAGUGGCCGGGGUUUGAGUCUCUCAUGAGGGACUGUUUGAGAGAAAAUCCCCAGGACAGACCCACAUCUGCUGAGGUGUUUGAUCGUCUGAAUCGUGCAGAGAUGUUGUGUCUGAUGCAGGAGCUGAUGUUGUCGAGUUUACCGGGCGAGUGUCUCGCCGUUUCUAACGCAGGUGGAGGUGUGAACGGAGGACGAGAUGUUUGUGUGUGGAUCGGGGGCGGCAGUAGCAGUCAGAAGCUGGGCUGUGUAACAUCACUGGAUUUGGAGACAAGGAAGAGCUUGAGCCACGAGAUUGAUAGCAGUCCUGUCCUGUGUGUGGUGACAGUCAGAGCUCCUGGGUCAGACUGUGAUUGGUUAGUUGCUGGUACUCAGUCUGGUUCACUCAUCGUCAUGGAUACAAGGAGCGCAGAGAUUGUGCACUGUCUGAAGAGUGUGAAGGACUCUGUGACAUCACUGUAUUUCUACACGGAUUUACAGCACAGAUGUUUAAAGAGUUACCUACUGGUGGGGACAGCAGAUGGAACAAUAGUCAUUUAUGAGGAUUCAGUCUUGAAGGUGAAGAAUGGAGAUUCAGUGAAAUCGCUGCAGGUUGGAGAUGUGAACACUCCACUGAUGUGUGUCGGCCCCUCGAGUCACUCUCAGGAGCGCAGAGCACUGUGGGCUGGAUGUGGUACCCAGGUGAUAUCACUUACAGUGGAGGAUGGCAUCUGUAGGAGUAUAGACACCAAACCCAAACAACUCUUCCCGCAGCAGGGUCGUGUCAGCAGUGAUGCGUGUAUAUCGCAGUUAGCAGUGGACAAACACUUGUACGUGAGUAAAACAGGAGGCCACAGUGUGGAGGUCUGGGACAAGAAAACAGAGAGGAUGGUGAACGUCAUCGACUGCGCAAAGUUACUCAGUUUAGGUUCAACCAGAAAGGCCAAAGUCCCGAGUGAGGACACAUCCAGAAAUAUGGAGUCAUCUUGGGCGAUUGUGAAAACCCUGUUGGUGCAGCACAGUGGUACUCUGUGGAUUGGGAUGAGAUCAGGACACAUGCUGUUAGUGGAGAUGUCCAGCUGUCAGCUACUGCAGACCAUCAGCUCUCACUGCCACUCCAUUUGCUGCAUGAGCUCUGUGCUGCUAGAGACACUAAACCGCAAGAGCGUUAUUCUGGUGUUGGGAAGACAACAACACAUUCCACAAGACCAAACCAAAACACAGUCAGUUGAGGAUUCAGUGUUGAUGGUGUGGAACAGUUCACUUCCUCUAGAGGUCAAAGAUCUAAACAAACAUUGUGAGCUACGAGACAAGAUCAACAGAAUGAGAGACACACUCCAAGACUGAACUUCAUGUCUGCCUGGGCAUCAUUUCCUGUCAUAUACUGUACAUCACCUCAGACACAUGUAAAAUAACUAGUUAGAAGUUUCUUUAUACUAUUCUGUUAAAAGGGACCUGUGUGAAAAUGCAGUUAGUGUGAAAUGUGUUUUGUACAAUCAAGGCAAACUAUUAUUAUAUGUAGCUGUGCAUUAGUAUAUUUGAAUUAGGGAUGUGCCUGAAGCCGAAUACCAUAUUUGGAAAGGCACGAAUAGUGACUUCAAAACAAAUAUUGGAUUCAUCCGAAUAAUAUAAAAUAAAUACUUGUUUGACAGAUUAUCCAAGAAGCGAAAUUUCAAAUAAACAUAUCCAAAACUUUAUAUAUCUGUGCAGCCAAUAUUUCUAAAAUGUAAACCUUAUGAAUGAAAAUGCGCACGGUGUGAUUUCAGAUCGGAUGUGUGUGGUCUCGACUCCGUUUGCGAUCUCUGUUAAUUGUGCGCGUUUGGAGCUUAUCAAGUGUAACAUUAAAUAAGAUAUGACAUCAUAUACACUUCCCACUUCUUGGAAUGUCUGUUAAUGUAUCACACGAUUCACACAUAAUGAUUCUCAUGUAUUCAUUUAUAGCCUAAACCUGAGCACGAUGUUAAAUUCCUGACCUGAAGUGAUGAUUUCACGUCUGAGUUGACAUCAUUUAUAUUCACAUCGUGAUUAAGGUUAUUAGCUGGUUAAGACUUUAUUCCGAAAAAAGUUAAAAUGCUCCAUAAAUGUUUAAAUAUAGUAUUCAUCUGUCUGGAAUAUUUCUGCUCAUGUAAAAUGAAGAAACACAAACAUGCUCCAUCUUUUUUCUUCUUUUUCCUCUUUAAACUGUGUUAAAUUUGAGAAUUUUAUGUUUUCUUGAGCUCUGGAAAGGUGCUAUAUAAAUUUAUUAUUAUUUAACUAAAUAAUGGUGUCCUAUUAUGGGAUCAAGAUCCCGUCAAAAGUGUAGUGGUCACGGAUCCAAAAAUAACAAGCAUGAUAUUUAAAAUAUGCUGCAAAAAAGCCAUCAGAGUCUCAUUGGAGUGACGUCACCUCCCCUCUUCCAAUGAUUGGCUAGAGGAGGAGCUGUCGAUCAAGAACUAGUGGACCAAUAAGGACACAAAACACCUCCUGAUUUACAUGAAAUUCUACUCAAGUUUUGGAAAAUCAAGCGCAGAACUUGGAAACAAAAGCAAAGAAAAAUACAGCGCAAGUGUAUUAAAAAAUGAAAAUAUGAGCAAAAUUGUCAGACAGCACAAAAAACAGUAAUAUAGCCAAGGAAAACAUGACUUUGUUUGCAAUUCUGAUGACUUUGCUUGAAUUUUUCUGUUUUUUUUUUGUUUUUUUUGCAGCAUAUUUUAAAUGUGUUUUACAUAUAUUUGAUUCAUGCUUAUUAUUUUGAUCUGCGCUUUUUAUUUAUUUUUGUGCUUAUUUUUUUUCUGUACUUAUUAUUUUUUGAUUCACGCUUGUUAUUUUUGGAUCCAUGACCGCAAUACUUUUGAUGGGAUUUUGAUCCCAUAUCCUAUCGUAAAAAAUCCUGAUAGACUUACGGGACUUUCACCAGUUUCUAGGCUAUAUUGAUUGAUUUUAUUUUAAUUUCUUUUAAUGUUUGAAUUUGUAUUUAUUAUUCACUGCAAAAUGUGUGCUUGACAUUUCACAUUUUGCUUGACACCUCCUGCCUCGAGUAAUAUUAUACAUGCACAGACACAAACGAAAAUACUGUUUCAGCAGAUAUUAAUAUCAGAAAUACCAGGAGAAACCACAGUUAACAACAUAUUCCACAGUUAAUGUAACCUAUUCAGCUUCAUCUGGUAAGAAAAAGAAUGCAAAUAAUUUACAUUUAAUUAAACCCUAAUAAUAAUAAUAAUCAUUAGUAAACUAUUAUUAUGAAAGGGCAUAUACAAGGCAUUUUUUAUUAAAGAAACUAUCAAAGAGUAACAUUUAAAAAUGGGAGUUUCAUUUAGUUUUGAAGCACUUUCUGUUUUAAGUUUUAUCAAAGUAUCUCUAAUUUACUGUGGUAACCAUCCAUGCUUACCAUAGUUACUACAGUGAUUUGUAGUGCAAUAAAACUGGGGUAACUUGUUAGGGUUAGAAAGAAAUGUUACAAUGUUUGAAGGUGAUCCCACAUUCAUUUAUUAUGACUUUUUAUGGUAUUUUGUCAGUGGUUAGGCUGGUUACCAUUGUCAUUUUUUAUUAUUAUUUAUUAGGGGACCAAGCUGCUGGAACCCUAUUGUAAUUGUACUGAUUUUCUUCUUUUUUUUUUUUUUUUUUUUUUUCUGCCCUAAAAGUAUAAGGGCAUCAGAGACCAUAAGUCAUGGAGACACCAAACUUGGCAGGAUGAUCCCAAAUCCCCCUCACUACUCGGGCACACAAACGCACACCCAUCUGACCCUAGGUGGUGCUAUAAUAAACACUUUUACAUUUUGACUCACAUCUCUGCAACAGUAAGGGCUAGAAUCAAAAUUCUUGAGUCAAGCUCUACAAAAUGUAUAUCUCCGAUUUCAUUUCCAUCUAUAAUUUUUGUUCUGCCAUUUUGAAUUUUUGGAAAAACCUACUUUUUUUAAACUCCUCUUAGACCGUUAGUAUAAUCAUCAGUUUGGUAUACAUCAUCUACACCUCCUUACAAAAAGCUAUCAAAAGAAUUUCGAUACGUCAAAUCGUUCCGAAGAUAUUAACAUUAAAAUUCCUUCGGUUUAAUGCGAUUUGAGUAAUUGAUCAAUAUCUACUCAUCACAAACUCCAAAUGUAACCAAACUCAGUACACAUAGUCAACAGGACGUUUAGAAGAUGUCAGCAAAGUUUCAUAUAAUUCUGCACCUAGGGGGCACUACAACUAAAACUGUCAUAACUUUGCAGCCGUUUGAGCGACAAAGUUUAAAUUAAAAUGCAUCUUCUUUGGUUCAAAUGCUAACCUAUUCUUAAAAAAUAGUUUAUAACUCGUAUUGGGAAUGGCUGAGGGUUAUAGAAAUUACUAUACACAAGUAGGGUGUCAACUCGAAGCCGCAUAUAAAAUUUUGUGACAUUCGGCCACACGGUGGCAAUAUAAUUAGCUAAUUCACGUUUUUGCUCAUAACUCCGGAAUCGUAUAGGCGACAAUACAAAUUUAUUCCCCACAAUGAUAUGGUCACUUUAUUUUCCAUUUCCGCAAGAAACUUUUUUUACAAUUUCGGUUUAUUUGAAAAACCUACUUUUUCGAACUCGUCCUAGGCCGUUUGCCUGAUUAUCAUAAAACUUACAUUUACAUUUAUUCAUUUGGCAGACACUUUUAUCCAAAGCGACUUACAAAAGAGGAAAACAUAAAAGUGCCACAUUACAAAGUUUCACUUGCAUCAGAAUAGUAUUCAAACAGAUUAAAGUGCAACAAUAAUUUUUUUUUUUUUCUUUUUUUUUUUGUGACUGGUUAAGUGCUCAUGGAAAAGAUGUGUUUUUAGUCGUUUAUUGAAGACAGAUAGCGAGACAGCAAAUAUGUUUUGGGCAUGGCCUAUAAUGACUAAUUAGCCCGUAUCUUGUGAACACAAUUUUCAAACUUAACAACAUUUGUACACAUAGACAAGAGGACACUCUGAGGUAACAUGCAGAGCUUUGUUCAUUUUUAAUGCUGGGAGUGCUAUAGCUUAAUAAAAUUCUAUUUUUGCAACUGUGCUCAAAACACCAAAAUAGAUGUCCACAGGAUCUUUUCUGUCAAAUUUGAUUCUUUUGGUCAUCUUGCCAUAUGUGCUUGGCCCCUGACAGUAGCUGCUUGUGGCUAUAUUUAUUAUUUGUAUGUGAGGGACUUUAUGGGUAUCAUGUUAAGGGGCAGCAACUUUCGGAAAUGACAUCGUUAUACUCUCUGCACUGCCAGAUACACAAACACAAAUUCUGGUUUAAAUAUCAGGAUUACUAUUAAAGUCAUUUAUGCUCUGAUUUAUUCACGUGGGAAUUGUUUAAAGAAAUCAUAUUAUCUAAAUACAUAUAUUAAAGGACGAUUCUUAGCUGGACCUUGAGUAAUCCAUUAUCUAAAUAUGUCAGAACUGUAAGCUGUUAGUUACACUACACACUGUGCCUACAUUAUGUAUGUUUUAGUGACAUACUGUUCUGUCAUCCUCUAUUAAGCCAUUAUGUGUAUACAUUCCAGUGUAUUACUUUGUAAAAUUAAGCACAACAAUAGAGCUGGAGAAAAAGCCAUAUAAAAAAAAAAUAAAAAAAAUGCUGCUUUUCAUAAUAUUUUUUAUUA